GAAGACGCUAAGGGUAUAAAACCCAAACAUUGAACCUGAAGACCCAGCGCAAAGUAGAAACUGAAAGUACCCUGCCUACUCUGCCGGCAGAGCCUACGGAAGUUAUGGCAAAGUCAGAGCGCCUGGCCAGCGGGUGAUGCAUGCGGCCUCUCCUGGGAUGGAUGGACUAGGCGCGGCGUGGGUGAGAGGAGCCAGCUGCCGAGACUGUCCUGCCCAGUACCGGCGUGCGGCCACUCGGCGGAUGACCGGGGUCCAGGGCGUGAUUAUGGGGGUUGAGAGCUCGCUCCUGCUGCAGUCCCAGUCAUCAUGACUACACCCACCUCCCGCAGACCAUGUUCCAUGUUUCUUUUAGAUAUAUCUUUGGAAUUCCUCCCCUGAUCCUUGUUCUGUUGCCUGUCACAUCAUCUGACUGCCACAUUCAAGAUAAAGAAGGGAAAGCAUAUGAGAGUGUGCUGAUGGUCAGCAUCGAUGAAUUGGAUAAAAUGACAGGAAAUGGUAACAAUUGCCCAAAUAAAGAACCAAACUUUUUUAAAAAACAUCCAUGUGAUGAUGCAAAGGAAGCUGCUUUUCUAAAUCGUGCUGCUCGCAAGUUGAAUCAAUUUCUUAAAAUGAAUAUCAGUGAAGAAUUCAAUAUCCACUUACUCACAGUUUCCCAAGGCACACAGACACUAGUGAACUGCACAAGCAAGGAAGAAAAGAAUCCAAAGGAGCAGAAAAAGAAUGACCCAUGCUUCCUGAAGAGACUGCUGAGAGAGAUAAAGACCUGCUGGAAUAAAAUCUUGAAAGGCAGUAUAUAAACGGAGGACAUGUAGAUGGAGUUGCAACCUCCAGUUUAUACAAUGGAAUCUACUAGUUUAUACAACGAAGAGUUGGAAUCCUCCCAGAAGUUGCUGGAUGUCUCUGGACCAAAUGAUCAGGGCACCUGGGAAAUCCACAGUAAGGUACUAGGAGAUGGGCACAAACAAUACAACCAUUGCUGCAGUCAGAAUAUACAUAUGGACAGAGAUCAGCUGUACUGAUGUCGUCAAGCAAUCAUGCCAUCUGCAAUACUUUUUAAAGUUUCCCAAAUAUUCCAGAAGAUAUCAUAUCUACAAAAAUAAAGCCUACAAGGAUUCAAAGGCACCACUGUUUUAUCACCAAAAUGAUGUGAUGGCCCACUGCGCAUCGUGACCCAUCUGAAGAGUGGAACUGUUGCUGUAAGCUGGAGAUGCUGGAGGACUCACAGUGAUGAAUACUGCUCAUGGAAACAAGACAGUCAUAGCAUAGAACAGCAGCAGCCAAAAUAGCUUAAGGCACUUAAGACAGAUAUCAAAAAUUGUAGUUAAACAUGAAUGUAUAACACAUGCCUUCAGUAAAGAACAUAGUACAUCUUUUUAAAUAAAAGAACUUUUAAAGAUAGAAAUGCACCUAUUCCAAAGAUACUGAACCUUAGUAUUCAGUCACUUUUGUCAUUUAUGUAUACUAAAGCUUGUAUACUGAAUUUUCAACUUGGGAAGUAUAUUUUCAAGAUAAUAAUAUAUGUUAGACUUUUAAUUAAUGUAUAUAUUUAAUUUUGACAUCUAUAUAUAAAAUAUUUUCAUACAAUAUUACCAAUUGCCUACUUUGAAUAGUUUCUCUUUUUAAAAUAAAUAGCCCAUGUUAACACUGUCAGGCUCACUUAACCCCAAAGGUUUUCACUGCUGCACCGCCAUUUGACGCUACUUUCAUUCAACACAUAUCUUUUAACGCAUCCGUACCAAGAAUAGCCUGAAACUAAGAAGCUACAAUUAUGUUAACAGAAAAAUUACCAAUUUCUUAUUUUGUAAUAGUGUCUCAUUUGUAUCUCAGGCUGACUUUGAUUUUAUGAUGCUCCUGCCUCAGUUUCCCAAGUGCUGGAAUUGCAGACAUGAGCCAAUAUGUUCAGCUAGGAACACUACUUUUGUUACAUAAAUUUCUGUCUUUUACAAGACAUCCGUGUAUAUCCUAUGUAUAUACCUGUUUCCAUCUUUCGAUGGCCUGAAGUCUCCCUUCAGCUGUAAGGGUGAGGAGCACCACACUGCAGAGGUCUCAUCUCUGAAGGAGACCACAGUCUGCUUGUGCUGAACUCACAUUUGUUUUCCUCUGUCCAGCAACUGCAGCAUGUAGCCAUGUGCUGGAUGUUUGUAUGUGAUUUACACAAGUUCCACUGACGUUCCAUGUGAGUGGCCAUGCCUUCUUGCUCUUUCUCUUCCCCAACCCACAUGGAGUUUAUCCUCCAUGAUACAGAUAGCUGGCAAUAACACAGUUUUGAGAGAACUGAUUGUUUAAAGUUUGUUUCAUAAUCACUGUUUGCCCAAAAAAUAGUUCUCACAAGUUGUCAGGAACAAAUGAUACUUUAAGAAAUUUAAUUUCCUUAUUAGACUUGGCUAAGUGGGUUGUUUCCGUGAUAAAAUAGGAUCUGCUAAGUGGUUGUCCUCUACCUUGAAGAAGUGGUAGAAUGGGUAAGCCAUUAGCUAGGAAACUGAGGACAUUUGCAUCUCACGGGAAACUCUAAACCUGCAAGACGUCUGUAAUGCUCCUUAUCAGUACUAAAAAUAUUCUGAUUAUGGCAAAAUAAAGGACAAUAUUUGAAAUGCUUAUUAAAAGUUAUUCAAAUUUC